AGCAUGAUGAAUUCGUGUUUGAAGAAGCCUUGCCGCCAUGGAUUUGCGUUUUUUGAUCAUGACGUGAUUAAGUUUCAAACAGAUCAUUCUGGAUCGUUCAGGUAGGUUAGAAAUCCACGUACAACAACCAUUGAAUCCGGAUCUAGUUGGAAUUUUUGACCUUGUUAAGUUGUUAUCAAAUUAUAGAUCGCAUGCAGCAAAAUUUACAUUACAUGCAUGUAAACCAUACCUUUAUUGGCAAAUGCUUGGGCUUCUUAGACGCUAUUCUUCAACCCUGUUUUAUUUUCACUAAAAAUAACGUUGGUUUUGAUUAAAGUUUCUCAAAAAAAAAUUGUUUACAAAUAUAGCCAAGCUCUGCAUGGACACCAGAUGCAAUUUGCCAACAGCUUUUUAAUUUUCACUGAGAGAUCAUUUUUUUGUUAUAGUUAUAGUGUGUCCGGGUCAAUUUCUGGAAUUUACCAGAAUUCCACGGCAUUUUUUGGUUGUGACAAAAAGAAGGUAAAUUGAUACGUGCCAAUUAGCGUCUCUCAUGGCCGAUUUUACUGCCAUUUGGGCGUUCCGCCUCUUCCACGUUUGAGAGUCUCCGCACCAUAAAAUACAACUUCUUAGUAUUGUAGUUGUUUGUAUCAUGGUAAAUUUAUAGUUACAACUUUUUAAAGUCGCUUUUCACGUUGUUUGAUUGUCUAGAAUCUUUCACGAGGGAAGACAGUACCCCAAAAAUGGCGGAUUUUGGCCAGAAAGGCUAAAUUUACAAAAACGUGUUGAUGUCUUUACCAGAAAUAUUAUUGGAAUGAAUAAAGAGGAUAGACCAACAUUUUAAUUAAUUUCCUCAAAUUAAUUUGAGAUAACUGCGAAUUUGAGGAAACAAGUUGAAACUUUAUUUUGAAAAGUAUAAGCAGAACUUCGACAUUUCGAGCGAAAUCCCUUUGUCGAGUAAUUAGUAAUGGGGAUCGGGAAAGUACAACACCACUGUCUGUACCGGACAAACAGCCUUCGCUGGAAACGUCAAAGUUCUGCCGAUAUUUUUCAGGUAGUUGGCUCAAUCCUCAGCUGUCUGUUAUUGUCGCUUACCUGCAUGGUUGGGAUAUAAUUUAUCGCCCGGUAUAUCCAUACAAUUGCGUCGGGCAGAUUUUAAAAAUAUUCGAGUGUCUCGGAUUGAAAAGGACAGAUUUUGAUAAAUUUACGAAAAUAUUACUAAAAAUUUUUACAAAUUACGGUAAAUUAUUUCGAAAGUUAGUGAAAAAUGCGGAAGUCCGGAAAUUUCUCCCUGCCCUCCUCCGCUCGCCAACAUAUUUAGGAAAGGAAAAUUAAUUAGCGACUGAAAUGUUCGUCCGUAGGGAACAACUUCGGCCACGCCCUUUUGGUCGGGCAAAAGAAGCUCACACCCCCUAGUCGUAAUACCGAAGUUUCGCCCCUGUACAUAUGAUAGUUCAAAUUAACAACAAAGAUAAACAUAUUUAUUACCAGUGUUGUGGCUGCUUUGGUCCAGCGGGUGGAACAGAUGAUUACUGUGGCACAUACUGCAAAAAACGAAGAAAUGGAACUGUUACAAAAAAUGUUUACUCCUGGUUUUGGGUGAGAUCUUCCAUUCCCAAGAAAGUUUGGAACAAAUGCAUGGAUUAUAAAGUUACAACACCGAGUGGAGACACAGUUAGGUACAAGUUAUUGGAUGGAAAUCCCACGCCAGAAAAGGUAAAUAUAAGAUUGGUUGCAGCUUAA